GAAGCGUCGGGAGGCGGUGCGGGGUCCGUUGCGCGCGCGGCUCGCGUCGGUUCCCGCAGACUGCUCCGGCCGGCGGGGAGACGCCGGCACCGGCGGGCAGGACGCGCCGCGGCUACCCGGGGUGGCCUGGGCCCCACGGCGCCCAGGGUGUCCCCUCUACCGUACCUGGGGCUCAGCGCUCGUGCGUUCUUGGGCCCUUGGCAUGAUAUUUGAACGUUCAGGCUUAUUGCUACCUCUUAUCACUGCAAAAUGGAACCUCUUUGUCCUAUUCAAAAAGCAAUAUUCUGUGAUUGACCUAUUUAAAAAGCAGUAUUGGGGAAAUUAGUUGUUUAUUUGCCGGAAAAACAGGCUUACUUCCAGGCCAUGCAUUAAAUCCUAGGGGACUCCCCCUCUUUAGUUUACUGUAGAUUGAAAGCAAUCCAUUUCAUCUUUUUAACGAUACCCCUGAAGAUGAGAACUUUCACAGGAGAUUGUGAUGACGAUCUAUUUAAGAGAAAGAACAAGUAAAAAAAUACUACAGAUAAACAUGCUCUGAUUUGGGGGAACAGUUGUCAACUUAGACCCUUUGUACCAAUUUCUUCUACCAGCACACAUUCUUCCCAAGGUACGCAGGUAAGACCUGGACACCACCUGUGCCUUGCCCGGGAGUCAUUGUUUUCUUCAUGGCAACUUGAUGGAUUUGACUCUUCACUGCCAGCAACUUCUGGGCAGAAGAAAUGACGACCAUCAGACUGGGGCUCAGAAAGCAGGAUUUUCGUCCGCUAAAGAAGAGGAGUCGUUUGCUGUUGAAACUCAUAGCUGUUAUCUUUGCUGUGCUUCUAUUUUGUGAAUUUUUAAUCUACUACUUGGUGAUCUUUCAGUGUAAUUGGCCGGAGGUGACAACUCCAGCCCCUAGCAAGCACCGCGAGCACAAGGAGCUCAAACCCGUGCUGAGAGCCAUGUUUCUGGCUGAUACCCAUUUGCUUGGAGAAGUGAGGGGCCACUGGCUAGACAAAUUGAGAAGGGAAUGGCAAAUGGAGAGAGCCUUCCAGACAGCUCUGUGGUUGCUGCAGCCUGAAGUUGUCUUUAUUCUGGGGGAUGUCUUUGAUGAAGGAAAGUGGAGCUCCUCCCAGGCCUGGGCGGAUGAUGUGGCACGGUUUCAGAAAAUGUUCAGACACCCACCUCAUGUGCAGCUGAAGGUACUUGCUGGCAACCAUGACAUUGGCUUCCACUACCAGAUGAGCACGUACAAACUAAAACGAUUUGAGAAAGUUUUCGACUCUGAAAAGCUGUUUUCUUGGAAAGAAGUCAAUUUUGUGAUGGUGAACAGUGUUGCGCUGGAAGGGGAUGGCUGUACCAUCUGCUCUGAAACAGAAGCUGAACUCAUUGAAAUUUCUCACCAACUGAAUUGCUCCCGGAAGGAGCAUCGUCCCAGCAACUGCAGGGCAGGGCAGAAGCUUGCAGCAUCAGCCCCCGUCCUCCUGCAGCACUUCCCACUCUAUCGGAGAAGCGAUGCCAACUGCUCCGGAGAAGACGCUGCUCCUCCCGAGGAGAAGACCCUCCCGUUUGAGGAGAGAUAUGACGUGCUUUCCCAGGAGGCUUCACAAAAGCUGCUGUGGUGGUUCCGGCCCCGCCUGGUCCUGAGCGGCCACACGCACAGCGCCUGUGAGGUGCUCCACGCCGGGACGACCCUGGAGGUCAGCGUCCCGUCCUUCAGUUGGAGGAACAGAAACAACCCGAGUUUCAUCAUGGGCAGCAUGACAGCCACAGACUACUCCCUCUCCAAGUGCUUCCUUCCCGUCGAGGAUGUGGUGCUGACCACGUACUGUGGAGCGGCUGGCUUCCUGGUGCUCGUCCUGUUAGCUCACUUUGAGCUUUUACCUUCACCUUUUCAAUUUGGUUGCAAUCUCCUCAGAAAGCAUAAGGCAGUGUGAAAAGCUGGAGACUUUUGCACGUAGCGAUAACAUAUCAAAGCGGAAGAAACUGAACUUCGAGCAGUGCUUGUGUUAGAAUCAAUAGGUGAUUGGACCAAAUGUAGGCCGUCUCUGUGCAUGUCUCAGAUGCUCUAAAUCAUUGAUGCAAAUUGCUGAAGGAUAAAUAGUUGAUGGACCUGUUCUCAUGCUAUGAAAAUGGAACACAUAUUCUACAGCAAAUCUGUUUUCUCAUCUUAAUCAUUUUAACCAAAUAUAUGUACAGUUGAAGAUUGUACAAUAUGCAGAUGUGGUCAGUGUUACUGCUUGCAUGCACUACAAGCUUUACUUCCUGAGAGGACCUGGGCUGUGCUGGACAUACUUGUUUUAUGUAUGUACACAGACGCAGGUCCUCCCGUGAAGCGGUUCUCAAAUUCUUAUUUAGUUUAUAGCUGUACACUUAAAAAAAAAGGUACAGAUGCUGUGAGCUGGGGCAUAUUGUUUUCAUAGACUUCUGCGCAGAAUUAAUGGAAUUUUUAAACAGGUGCAAUGGAAUUUUUAAAUAGGUGCAAUGUUCUCUCCAAAAGACCAAGCCGUUAAAUUUUAAUUUAAGGCCUGUCAAUGAUCAAAAGAAACUUGAAAAAUGCAGUAGGAAAAUGGCCUUUGGUGUUUAAAAAUAAAUGUCUUGAUAAUUUUAAGACAGAUAAAACGGAUUCUUUUCAUCCACCCCCGCCCCCCCCCCCCCCCAGGUUUCUGGCAUUUUCUGUAAUCAAACUUUUAAAUAGGAAGUUUAGUUAGAGGGGAAGUGUUGAGUAAUAAUGCAUUUAACAAUUUACGGCUUCAUUUUUUUGUGUUUGGGGAAGAUGUAUCUCUUCAGUUUUUCCUUAUGUUUUACUUUGAAAGGCAACAGGAAUUGAAACUAAUUUCUCUUUUGUAUCUCACUUAAACUGAGAGUUUUAUGAAAUACUUAAGGGUGAGAGGAGAGGAAAGACUCGCUGUCUAUAAAGCCAUCAUUUUUUCUUUCAUGGAAAAGUUAGCAUUUAAAUUUAGAUUAGUUUGUAAAAAUCACAAAAUGGUGAUUUAUCAACUAAACUUCAAACAUUAAACAAAGCCUAAAAGACUAAAAGGAAAUUAAUGAAGCAGUGAGGCUGUCACUUCUCUGGAUUUGUGUUUUUGCAAAUGUAAUUUUGGACAUCUUUACAUAUUAUCUUGGACCUAAGAAAACUACCCUAUGGAUAGAAUAUGAAGCCUUAUUUGCUGCAGGAUUUCUUGCUUUCUAGAUGUAUAAUGUACCCUAACUUUUGAGACUUGAGUUUGCAUAAAUUUUUCAAGUGUGAUAAACUGCCAUAUAUUUUGACUUUAUAUUUCAAAUAAGGCUUUUCUAAUGCUUCUUCUUUAAAAAAUAAAUUAUGAUGCUGUUCUUGAAUUCACAAA